GAGAUGUUCUGGCUCGCUUAAAAAAUAAAAUUAGCUGGACAAAGUUAAUUGAGUCAACGGUCUGUGAUAUGCCACGCAAGCACUCCACAGUAGAGAGUAUGGGGUACACCACAUUCGGAAUAUUCCACAACACCCAAAUGAUAAUUCCCUUUCAAGAUUUCACCGCACCACACACUUUUCUUCACUUUUCUCAUCACAAGUAA